AUGGGUGAACGCAGCAUUCUGGAAAGGCUUUCAGCACUCGACACCAACACAGUGUCGGAUGCCUUGGACCUCCUCAAACUGAAUGGAGCUCUCUACGGCUUGCGACCACUGUGGGAGUGCCCCAAGGUUGUUGGACUCGUUAGCACAGUGGAAUUUGCCGUCAAGCCGGGUACUUCUGCUUCACUCCAUCCUUCCAAGUCAGCCACGAACGGAACGUCAGACCCCCGCGUUCUCGUCAUCUCGGGAGGUAUCAACGGCAUCUCGUGCUACGACAAUGUCAUUGAAAAUGGACUGAAAUCGGACCACUUCAGAGGUGUCAUCAUUGACGGCAUGCUCCGAGACCACCGCGACUUACGAGAGGCCGAGUAUCCAGUCUAUGGUCGUGGAAUGGUCAGUGGACACUGCCAAUUAGCGCAAGUCAGCUCUGGAACUCCAAUUCAAUUACGGGGCCUUACGGUCGAUCAGAACGACUAUGUCAUUGCCGAUAGCUCCGGGACUGUUUUCAUAUCCACCAAAAACAUUAACAAGGUCAUCGAGACUGCCGAGAGUAUUUACUAUCGCCAGAGCCUGACGGUUCAAUCUAUCCAAGACGGCCUCCCUGUCCCUGAGAUUGAUGCCGUAAACGACAUCAAGCAAGCAAGCGUCGAAGACAAAGAAUUGGUUGGACUGUUCGCCACCACAGACACGCCUGCCGUCUCGGACGCCCUUGACAAGCUGGGUUUGCCAGGUCAAGCGUUGAACAUUAUGCCCUUGUCCAAUUACGAAAAGGUCACUGUUGGGCCGGCCUUUACUGUACGUUAUGUGCCAGCGACAAGUACUGGCCCGCCAAAAGGAGUUGGCGAUUGGAUUGACGACGUAUCUCAAGGCGAUGUCAUCCUUAUUGAUAACGGGGGCCGCACAGACUGUACUGUUUGGGGCGACAUCAUGACCCAAUAUGCUGGUAUUCGAGGCAUUUCUGGUACUGUCAUUGACGGCGUAUGCCGCGACGUGAACCGUGCCAUUGCUGACAAUUACCCCAUGUUUACGGCUGGGCGCUGGAUGAGGACAGCCAAGGACAGGAUGGAAGUGGCGAGUGUUAACGAGCCAGUCGGGAUCGGCAGGGUGCACGUUAAUCCUCGAGAUAUCGUUGUUGCAGAUGCCAAUGGUGUGGUAAUUGUUCCACGGGAACGAGCUCGUGAGGUAGCUGAGGUCGCACACUGGAUUGACAAAAGUGAGGAACGUAUUAGAGAAAUGAUUGCUGGCGGAGCUACACUUGGCAAGGCGCGAGCAGAGCUUGGCUAUCAUAAACUGCAGCGAAAGGGUUGA